AUGAAGUUCACCCUUGUGCUCCUGAUGGCCCUGGUGGCUUACGCCUCGGGCAAGGUCUGCUAUGGUUUGUACUCGACCACGGAUUGCAGCGGCAGCGCCAGCCAGUCGGACUGCAUCGCCACCGCGACUUGCGUCGACACCAGCCACAACGCCGACGAUGACGACAGCGAAUCCGCCGUCAUUGCCACCUGCUCUGAUAACACGGCCAACCUGACCAUGUACGGCACCACCGACUGCUCGGAUGAGGGCAUGGCCAUGAGCUUUCCCGCCAACGAGUGCAGCACCUUCAUGGGCGGCGCCAUCAAGAUCACCUGCUCUUCCUUCUCCGCCUCGGCCGCCGCUGGUCUCGCCGCCCUUGGCGUCGUCGCUGCUCUCCUCUUCUAA